AUGGGAACGCGUGGGAAACGUGGGCGAGGGAGGCCAAAAUUGGCGCCAUCGUCACCGGCAUUGCAACCACCACCGACGACUGUUACGGUGGAGGCGAAUCCUGUUCUAGAGAAGAGCGAUCCUAUGAUUUUGGUGGAAAGAGAGCAACAAAUUAAGGAACAGCAAGAUCUAACGAAUGUGGAAACCCUAGAUUCAGGGAAGGAGCGCAAUCUGAAGGAAACUUCGCAACCGGAAAGGAAACUAUGGGUGGAUAUUGUAUCGGAGAACAGAAAUCCCUCAAAAGGCCUAUCAAUACAGUAUGUGGCUCCGAAUUUGGUUGAUGGAGAAAUCGAAGUAGCGAUUGAGGAAGAUGAUGUUGCUUCUGAGAUUCAUUCUUGGGCAAACUCCUUGAUUCUAUAUGCUUUUGGAGAAGAUCUCAGUAUAAACAUGGUGAAGAACUACAUGGCGAAAACGUGGAAUUUUGUGAAGCUGCCGGAUCUGUAUUACAAUGAUGAUGGAUAUUUCAUCCUCCGGUUUCACUCUCAUGAUGACAUGGAUGCGAUUCUGAUGAAAGGGCCUUACACGCUGCGGAAUAUUCCGCUGUUGCUUCAGGAAUGGAGACCAGAUUUCAACUUGAAAAGAGAUAUGCCGAGGACUCUUCCUAUUUGGGUGAAGCUACCACAACUUCCUCUGUAUCUUUGGGGGGCAAAAAGUCUUAGCAAGAUCGGAAGCGCCAUUGGAGUUCCACUGGUCACGGAUGAAUGUACAACCAGCAAACUGCGAGUCUCUUAUGCAAGAAUCAUAGUGGAGGUGGAUGUCACUAAAGAUUUUGUAAAAGAGAUUGCUAUCAGAGAUUGUGAGGGUAGAAAGAUCAAACAAAUGGUGGAAUACGAGUGGAGACCCAAAUUCUGUGAUAAAUGCAAGAAGCUUGGGCAUCAAUGCAAGGAACCGGUUAGGAAAGUGGAGAGGAAAUGGAAACCUAAGCCUUUGAUCCCAGUUAGUGUGACGCCAGAAGAGCAUACCACAGCCACACCUAGUACAAAGAAUGUCACUGUUGAGCAAGGAGCUUCCUCCAAGGAUAAUCAAGAGAAGAAUAAUGAUGAGCCUCCUUGGACCUUGGUGAAAGCUACAAGAGAAAAAGCUUCGUGGAAUGUAAGGGGGCUGAAUAAAUCAGGGAAAUUGCGUGAGAUUAGCUCCCGUCUCCGUUAUAUUCAUCCUGAUAUUAUGAUAUACAUUGAAACCAGGGUUAAAGAACCUAAAGCUAAGAUCAUUAGAGAGAAACUGAAGUUACAUGAUAUGUACAUAGACAAUUACAAUAAUCAUGCUAAUGGUAGAGUGUGGAUUUCUUGGGAUACAAACAAGUGUGACAUUAAGAAGAUCCUCAGUACAGAUCAGGCUAUACAUUGUGGAGUAUAUGAUCACCAGGGCAAGUUUAAGUACUACCUGACUGCAGUCUAUGCUCACAAUACCCUGGCUCAAAGGAAACUUCUGUGGCAAACUAUUGUAAAUAUACAUUCUACUGUUCAAGGAUCAUGGUGCAUUAUUGGAGAUUUGAAUAAUGUGAUGAGUUCCCAGGACAGAAUUGGUGGUAGGAAGGUUAAAGAGGCUGAGUACAGAGAUUUGCAUGAGAUGAUGAACCUGACUGACUUAUGUGAAAUGGAAAGUAGCGGUGUUCACUUUACUUGGAACAGUAGGCAGAGUGAUGGGAUUAUAUACUCUAGAAUUGAUAGAGUACUUGGUAACAUGGACUAG